AUGUGGUCAAUUCUUUGCCUGGUAGCCCUCUUCGCUACAGUAUUCGGAAGUUUCAAUCCAAACGAACCGAAUCCCUACCAGGACUGGAUUCCCAUCAGCAUCGCCAACCAGCCGGGCCAGCAGAAACUAGGCUAUGCAGUGACGAAAGAUGCGGCCCUCCUUGCCAAGCACAACGGCACCGUCGUCCAUAAAGUUGUCACCAACGGAGCGUUCUCUACCCAUGAGCUGAAGGAUGAGCGUGCAUACCUCUGCCCGAUCCCCGGGUACCUCACCGGAGGGGCCAAUGGUCUGCUAUACGACUCAACUUAUCCAAAGAACAUUGACGGCUUCAGCUACGUGUGCAGCCAAUACUUCUACUCCACGGAAAAGGGCCGAAAAUUCUGGGCCGUGAACGUCGAGCCCUCAAAGAACACCACCAUCGCCUUCCCGCGGAACGAGGACUUUGUGCUGUACUUUGUCGGCGCGAAGAGCCCGAACAAGGAGCGAAAGUUCAACUUUGCCGUGCAGAACAACGAG